AUGGUACUUGUACAAAACAAGGAUGGUACACACGCUGGUAUUGCACAGGGUAAAGUCAUCAAGUUGGUGUUACCUGACGGGAACAUUGUCGCAAUGCAAGAUAAAACACCAGUAAGAAUAACGGUAGUGUUGAAUUCGAAUGAGAUAAAGGCAGAUCAGAUUGUAAUGUGGCCCAGCAGUAUGUUAGCUGUUCGCCAACCCAACAUUAUUCCAACCCCUCAAAGUGACAUUCCACCAAUAUCUAAAAGCGAUGGUGUUAUGAAUUAUAGCUUACAAGUGUUGCAGUUAGGAUUUCUGUUAAUGAACCUAAAUGACACAGAAAAGGAAGGAGAUGGCAACAAAAGUUUACUUAACUGGAAAUUACUUAUGUUGUAUUUUAGAUGUAGGUCGAGAGGAAUGAAAUAUGCGUUCGAAGCUAUGCGGUUCAUAACCAUGACAAAAGCGUUGUAUACCGCAAGAGUGGCCCAUCGAGUAAUUCAUGGACAGUUUGUCAACCACAAAGGCGGAGCAGGAAACAAUUAUGCCAACGAGCUAAAAAUGGAGCACAUUAUGAGGAACAACAAAGAUAUUUUAAAGGGAUUAUAUACAAACAAAACUUUAAAAGCGGUACAAAGAAGUUCAUCAGCUGCUUACCGGAGUACAUCAGAUUGUGAAUAACUUUGAUAUACAGUCUGAUAUACCAACACAUUCCACAGCUCAUACAUAUGCAGACAAGCAGGCCGAUGAAAGAGAAAUCAUUCAUAAAAUUAAGCCAUUUACCUAUCAACAUGGAAGGGAAUACAAAUCAUUUAAUGAAAUAGCAAAGUCUCCAUUGGAAAAACUGAACAUUGUCAUGCUCAGCAAAUGGUUGACAGAUCACAAAAAGAAACUAUUUCAAUCUCUGUACACCUAUGUUGAAUUAGAAAAUGAUGAAGAUGAUGAAGACAACGAUGAGGACAAUUACAAUGAUAACAAUGAAGAUAAUGUUAGUGACUUUGAAUUAGAAAUAAAUAGUGAUGCUGGGUGUUAUUGA